UGCUAUUUACGGCCCGGUAUCCGUAGCCAUGAGUAUGCAGGUGGACCUCAGACGCCGGGAUCCAAGUGUUCAAUGGGGCUUUAGUCUCCAAGGUGGAACUGAUUUGGACACCCCACUGAUGAUCUCUUCCGUCACUCCGGGUAGUUUAGCAGCGACACAUGGAGUACAGGUCGGUGCAAAGGUGAUUGCCAUCGGCGGGGAUGUCACUAGUUCCAUGACUCGUCAGCAGGCACAGCAGGCCGUAAUACGCUGCUGCAACGAGCUCCAACUUGAAUUAGAAAAUCCCGCGGACGGUCAGGCCUCUGAGUAUCCUCGGCAAGCGUUGACGAACAAUAAUCCUGUAAGUGGGCAGGAAACAGCGCCAGCUGAGGUUUUUCCGAAGCACAGCCCCACAGCGUCAACAUUUCACACAAACCCAUCACCAAUGGAACAUAGACUUUACGCACCCGCACCAUAUAUUGGACUAAGCAAUCCAGGCCCCACACGUGUGCCGGUUCGCAACACAAAUGAAGCCGUCAUAACAUCCGGUCGUCCCUCCUAUGUGCCACCACAAAGAGACUCCAUGAAUCGUAGCUCACCUUUCACUCUACCUGGUCCUGUUCCUUUUGCUCCGUUCUACACUCCGAGGCCGGGCGCAACAACGACUGAACCACCUCAACACUCAUUCACAGCCACUACGAACACCGCUUCCUCACCCGGCACAUCCUGGUGGCAAGGCGGUGCACGUUCUCAACCAGCAGGCGCGCGGCCACUCCCAACGUGUCAGAAAUGCGGGCGGGAACUGACCGGUCCCUUCGUUAACGUUUCGGAACGGUACUUUUGCCCUGAACAUUUCGUGUGUGCCCAAUGUAACGUUCCGCUUAGUGGUCAGAAAUAUGGAGAGGAACGCGGCCACUUCUAUUGUGAACGUGAUUUCUUGCAAUUUGUCGUUCCCCGAUGCGCCAAGUGCAACAAACCCAUCACCGGAAAGGUACUUCAAGCGUUGGACAAGUGUUGGCAUCCGUUAUGCUUUGUUUGCGCGCAGUGCGGACAGCCGUUGAACACAUUCCGCUUAGAAGAGGACGGUCGUGUUUUGUGCCAAGACGAUUGGUCGCGGGCGCAUUCGACUGUAUGUGGGAAGUGUGGACAAUCCAUCUCAGAAAUUGAUCAGUAUGUGGAAUGGCAAGACCAACAGUUUCACUCCGGAUGCUUUUGUUGUGCCACAUGUCAAACUCCAUUGGCAGGGAGACAGUUCCACCGUAAAGACAACAAACCAUUUUGUUCAUCACACGCCUAUCCGGAAGCAACAUCCCGUUGAAGCUAAUCGACGCUUACCUCUGCAACUUUAACAUUCGAGUGCAACGAUUGCAUGGAUAAUGGCUCAAUCAUCACCGUAAGACCUUAUUUCUUUUAUCCCUAAAAUACAAAUUAUACCAUA